AUGAUUGCACGAGACGAAGGAGAUGAGCUUGUUUUCAAUGGUGACAAGUUCUUCUCGACUGGUGGCGUCAUCAGCGAUGUGACUGUGUUAGAGGGUGUCCUAGAAGAUGAAACUAAGACGCACGUUUUCGCAUUCGUUUCGACUAAACAUCCCGGCAUUUCUUUCAAGGGAGACUGGAACGUCAUUGGACAGAGAUUAACGGAAUCUGGAGGCUGCGUGAUUCGAAAUGUUCGGGUUUCUUGGGAGCAUAUUGCUGGGUAUGAGAAUAAGAAGUUAACUCCACGUGACGCAUAUCACGACUUCAUCCUCCCUCCAGUUCAGCUCCAAUUUGCAGCAGUACACGUAGGUGUCGGCAUUGGAGCUCUUGAAGCUGGAGCGGAGUACAGUCGAACGCGCACCCGUGCCUGGCCAUAUGGCGGCGACGACAAAGAGAAAGCUACAGACGAGUGGUACAUUAGGGAAGGGUACGGUCGGCUUCAGGCAAAGCUCUGGGCUGCCGAAGCUUUACUGGACCGCACCGCAGAGGGCAUCUCCAAGCUCAUUCAUGCACCUCGCGAGCAACUAACACAACAGGCACGUGGAGAAAUUGCUGUUCGUAAGUAG